UGUGCAAAACACUGUAUAAUCAAUAAGCAACACUGUAUAUUUUGCCAAUAAUAAUACUAAAAAGAAACCCAAGUUACCAUAGCAACAUUUUGAAUACAAAAAGUGCGAUUUUGACACUUGAUUGACAGCAUCCGAAAACGUCCAUCAUCGUCACUUCGAUUCUGCGAACGAAGGGUAGUAUUGACAUAAAUAUAACAUGAUUGCUUUUUUAUUUUUACCUCCAGAAAAAAACUCGAGUCAGUAACAAAGACCUCUUGAAACAAUGAACUUCUUCGAUCAGUCUUAUUAUAGAUUGCUACGAACUUCUGUCUGCAUCAUAGGUCGGUGGCCAUUCCAGACUAGUCUUAAAAAGUUUUUGAUAGGGAUUAUCAUCAGUCUAGCUUAUAUUCUGCAAGUGGGACCGAAAAUUUUGGCAGACAUUGUGCACUCUGAUGAUCGGGAGCUGAUUUUUGAAACAUUGGCUCCUACUAUAUUAAAUUUUGCAGCUUUAACAAAAUAUAUUAAUACUUUUAUAAAUGCAAAAAUGAUUAAGAAUCUUGUGGAAAGGAUUAAAGAAGACUGGAGAUUAAUUACAAAUGACAGUGAAAAAGUUAUUUUGAAAAAACACGCUGGAGUGGGAAAACUCAUGGCUAUUGGAUACAUAGGAUUUGUAUACACAUCGACUGUGAUGUUUAUUAUCGAGCCGAUUUUGCCGAUACUAAUAAAUGCAAUAUUUAAAAUAAACAUCACGGCACCACAUAAAUUUGCCGAUCCAAUGGAGUGGAUUGUAAUAGACAAAGAAAAAUAUUAUUGGUUAUUACUCAGCAAUUCCAGCGUUUGCAUCAUGAUAAUUUUGACAACGCUCAUUUGCCAUGACGUCGUAUUUAUCACCGUUGUACACCAUGCUCACGGAUUAUUUGCAGUUACAGGAUAUCGGAUCAAAAAUUUGCCCAAUAAUACAAUACAAGAGAAAAACCUUUUAAAAUUUGAUCCAACAACAAAUAAGCGGGAUAUUCAUUACAAACAUUUAGUUUCAUGCAUCAGAAUUCACCGACGAGCUUUAGAAUACGCAGAUUUUAUUGAACAAACCUUCGCUGGAUGUUUCGGAGUUGUGAUUGGAUUGAAUUUGCCGUUAAUAAGUAUCACUGGAGUUCAGAUAAUUGCUGCUUCGAACACCUUUCAGCAAAAAAUGAAGUACGUCAUGUUCUCAGGAGCUCAGUUGCUACAUCUUUUCUUUGAAUGCUUCCUGUCUCAGCAGCUGACGGAUAUAAGUUCGCAAGUUCAACAACACAUAGCCAAUGGAAAGUGGUACGACAUUUCGGCAAAAUCUCAAAAAUUGCUGAUUUUGAUGACCAUGAGGUGUCAAGUACCUUGUACUCUGACGGCAGGAAAAAUUAUGGGACUGUCUAUCGAAAGCUUUGGAGCUAUGAUCAAAACUAGCGGAUCAUACUUUAUGAUGCUGUUAUCUAUGCAACGGAUGCAAAAACGAUUCGAUUGGGCUUCAAAUUUUAAAGAAAAGCACAAAUUAUGUCAGAAAUAUAAUAAAAAAAAAAGUCAGAAAUACAAAUCGCCUAGAACAAUGGACUUUUUUCACCAACCUUGUUAUAAGUUAUCGAGAAAUUUCGCUCGGUUGAUAGGUCGAUGGCCUUACCAAUCCAGUCUUCAGUGUUUUCUGAUAGGAGUCGUUAUUAUUGCUGCGUAUAUUUUGCAAGUUGGACCUAAAAUUUUAGCCGAUAUUGUGCAUUCCGAUGAUCAAGAAUUGGUCCUUGAAACUUUGGCGCCCACAAUAACUAACAUAAUGGCGUUUGCCAAAUAUAUAAACACUUGGGUCAAUGCAAAAAUGCUUAAAAAACUUUUUGAAACGAUUAGAGACGACUGGGAGCUCGUGACAAAUAGUGAAGAAAAAGAAAUUUUGAAAAGUUAUGCAGAAUUUGGAAAACUUUUGGCCACUGGAUACGCAGGGUUUGUUUACGUAACAACAAUAACAUUUGUAACGGAACCGGUUUUGCCGAUAUUAAUAAACUCAGUUUUUAAAACAAACUUAUCGGCUCCGCAUAAAUUCGCUGAUCCGAUGGAGUGGAUAAUUAUUGACAAAGAAAAGUACUAUUGGAUACUUUUGAGCAACUCCAGUGUGUGCAUUAUGGUGAUUUUGAGUUGUCUUAUUUCUUAUGAUGUUAUUUUUAUCACUUUUGUGCAUCACGCUUGUGGAUUAUUUGCACUUACAGGACACAGGAUUCAAAAAUUGACUAGCGACAAGAAUUUGAAAAGGUUACCUAGGAGAACCACUGUUUUGAACCGAUCUCGCGAUUUUCAAUACAAACAUUUGAUAUCUUGCAUUAAAAUUCAUAAGCAAGCUUUGAACUAUGUAGAUUUAAUUGAAACAACUUUUUCGGGAUGCUUCGGAAUUGUCGUUGGCUUAAAUUUGCCCCUCAUGAGUAUCACUGGAAUCCAGAUUAUCGCACAAGGAGGCACUUUGCAGCAAAAAAUUAAGUAUGUAAUGUUCACGGGAGCUCAGAUGUUGCACCUAUUUUUUGAAUGCUUCCUGUCUCAACGACUAACGGAUAUGAGUUUCCAAAUUCAAGAACACAUAGCGAACGGAAAGUGGUACAACAUUUCGCCAAAAUCUCAAAAACUUUUGAUUUUGAUGACGAUGAGGUCUCAAGUUCCGUGCAUACUAACAGCAGGAAAAAUUAUGGGCUUGUCUAUUGAGAGUUUUGGGACGAUGCUCAAAACCAGUGGCUCGUACUUCACAAUGUUGUUGUCUUUUCAAAAUUAGAAAUAUUAAUUGUUAUAUUUUCAUUAUAAACGUUGAAUUAUUGUUGUUUUUA